AUGAAUAUGAUACCAUACCUUAACAACAAUAAUAAUAAUAUUAUUAUUACUAUCCUAUUACAAUGUAUUGGAUUAGGAUUUGUUAAAACAGAAUUUAUUUAUGGUAGUUAUGAAUUGAUUAGUUUGACUAGAGAUCCAAAAUCCUAUAGUGGUAAAUUAUGUGGAGUGUGUUUGAAAUUUUAUAAUUCCGCCAUGUCAUUAUUUCUGGACCAUACGAAACUUGAACGUUUACAAGAAAAAUUAAUUAAUAUCUGUGAAUUUAUGGGACCAUUUCGUGAUCAAUGUGUAGCCCUAGUCACUUUUACAAUGUUUAAAACAAUUAAUAAAUCUAUAGCCCGAAUCGAUCCAUCGGUAUCUUGUGAAGGUUGGUAUUUAUGUUAUAGAAAAUAG